ACACAAAAAUAAAAUCUGUACAUGAAAGAUAUGAACAGCUGAAAUUUCAUUCCAAGCAUUUAAAAUAUUUGUAUGACAUCUACAAGCUAAAAGAUGUGCAAAAAGAAUUGCAAAAUGUCUUAACCGAUGCAAAAUCAAAGGAGUCUGAUGUAGAUGGAAGGCAAAUGUGUGACGAACUUGCUGUAUUGGCUCCUGUUAUAAAACCUACGAUGACACCUGUUGAUAUUUUGGCCUACGAAGUGAGGAAUGGAUUUGCUCCAAAUGUAGCAAUUGCACUUCAAAUUAUGUUGACCUUACCAAUCACUGUUGCCACAG